UCUCCUCAGUGUUGAUCGGCUCGCCAUGGCGGAAGGACGCAGAGAACAGCCGCCUCAUCCCCUCUUCUCUAUACCACCGGCCAGCAAGCGACCCUGCCUGCGCCCUGCACCGCGGGGUCCCGGGCCGGGGCCUGGCCACGGCAUGCCCAGCUCCCGGUAUCGUUCCCCAGAGUCCCUGCUGGACUGCGCCGCCAAGGCAGUAGCGGAGAAGUGGGCCUUCGAGAGAGUUGAAGAGCGCUUCGAGCGGAUCCCAGAGCCCGUCCAGCGCCGCAUCGUCUACUGGUCUUUCCCCCGCAACGAAAAGGAGAUAUGCAUGUACUCGUCGUUUCAGUGCCGAGUCGCCGGCGAGGAGGGUCCGGUGGCGGCUACCGGCGGCGCUGGGAGCGCCGGCUCCGGAGCAACUACCGCCGCUGCUGGUGGAGGAUCCACCGCCGGUACGACAGCUACCGCGGGGGCAGCCGGAGCGGUGGGAACCGGAGACGGACUGCCUUUUCGCCGCGGUAUCCGGCUGCUGGAGACCGGCUGUGUGGAAAACGUUUUACAAGUCGGCUUUCACCUCAGUGGCACAGUAACUGAACCCACCACAUCAUCCGAGCCAGAGGUCACACACAAGGUGGCCAUCAGCUUCGACCGCUGCAAGAUAACCUCAGUCACUUGUGGCUGCGGGAACCGGGACAUAUUCUACUGUGCGCAUGUGGUGGCACUGUCUCUUUACCGGAUUCGCAAGCCUGAACAGGUGAAGCUGCGGCUGCCCAUCUCAGAGACGCUGUUCCAGAUGAACAGAGACCAGCUGCAGAAGCUGGUCCAGUAUCUGAUAACAGCCCACCACACUGAGGUGCUGCCCACCGCUCAGAAACUGGCUGAUGAGAUCCUCUCCUCUAACUCCGAGAUCAACCAGGUUCAUGGUGCACCAGACCCAACCGCAGGUGCCAGCAUUGACGAUGACAACUGCUGGCAUCUGGACGAGGAUCAAGUCAGGGAGCAAGUCAAACAGUUUCUAUCCCAGGGAGGAUACUACGGCUCUGGGAAGCAGCUCAACUCCAUGUUUGCUAAGGUACACAUCGCUGCUUCCUACCUCUGCUUCAGUGCACUGUGGGUGUGCGUGGUGCUUAACCCCCACUGUAAAAGUGAGGAGAAGAGCAGCUGGCUCAAGCAGCUGAAGAAGUGGGGGGACAUGGACGUCUGCCCGCUGGAGGACGGCAACUACGGCAGCGAGCUUCCGAACAUCACUAACGCUCUGCCGCAGAGCAACCUCGCACAGGACUCUGUGUCCAGGCCGAGGAGGACAGUGUUCAGCCGGGCCAUCGAGGCCUGUGACCUUCACUGGCAGGACAGUCACCUCCAGAGGAUCAUCAGCAGCGACUACUACAUGUCCCCAUCCUACCAGAGAGAGGGGGAGAGCCUGCUGUUCAACCCACAGGGUCUGCCGCUCUGGCUCGACCAUGUGCCAACAGCAUGCGCUCGCGUCGAUGCCUUGCGUUCCCACGGUUACUCCAGGGAAGCCCUGCGAUUGGCUGUUGCUAUCAUCAACACACUUCGCCUCCAACAGCAGAGACAAAUGGACAUCUACAAACACCAAAAGAAAGAGCUCCUCCAGAGGGGUGUGACCUCCACCACCAACCUUGAAGGCUGGGUUGGUCAUCCCUUAGACCCGAUUGGCUGUCUGUUCAUCACUCUCACAGAAACCUGCCGCGUGGAUGACGACAACAGCAUGGACACCGGAGAGGGAGAACCCAGACCUCCAGUCUACCACCAUGUGCCGGUGUGGGGUAGUCCUGAUGGUGGGGAGUCGUACCUGACUCUGGCUUUAGAGGUGGCUCUCAUGGGUAUGGGCCAGCAGAGGAUCAUGCCUGAGGGCCUUUAUGCUCAGGAUAAGGUUUGUCGUAACGAGGAGCAGAUCGUUGCAAAACUUCAAGAGCUGGAGCUAGAUGAGCUCCUGGUUCAGACUCUUCGGAAACAGGCCAUACAGCUACUAGAUGCUGGUCCCUUCAGCGGUCUAGGGGAAGUCAUCCACAGGGAGAGUGUUCCCAUGCACACCUUCGCCAAGUACCUCUUCUCUGCCCUGCUGCCACAUGAUGCUGACCUGGCGUAUAAGGUGGCUCUCCGUGCAAUGAGGCUGCCGGUGUUAGAGUCAUCAGGAGGCUCCGGGGACGUGGGCCACCCUCACCAUGGCAUCUCCAUAGUUCCAAGUAGAUACCCUCGCUGGUUCACACUGGGACACCUGGAGUCACAGCAGUGUGAGCUGGCCUCCACCAUGCUCACCGCUGCUAAAGGUGACAUGUUGAGGUUGCGGACAGUGCUGGAGGCCAUCCAGAAAAACAUCCACUCCUCUUCCUUAAUCUUCAAACUCGCCCAGGAUGCUUUUAAGAUCGCGACACCUGCAGACAACCCGCCUGAUAUAACCUUACUCAACGUAGCACUGGAGCUCGGCCUGCAGGUGAUGAGGAUGACUCUGUCCACACUGAACUGGAGAAGGAGAGAGAUGGUUCGCUGGCUGGUAACCUGCGCCACUGAAGUCGGUCUGCGGGCGUUGGUCAGCAUUUUACAGAGCUGGUACACUCUCUUCACACCGACCGAGGCCACCAGCAUUGUGGCAGCCACCGUCAUGUCGCACAACACCAUCCUGCGCCUCAGCCUCGACUACCCCCAACGCGAGGAGCUGGCCAGCUGUGCGAGGACCCUGGCCCUGCAGUGCGCCAUGAAGGACCCCCAGAACUGCGCUCUUUCAGCUCUGACACUUUGCGAGAAGGACCACAUCGCCUUUGAGACGGCCUACCAGAUCGUGAUUGACGCAGCCUCCACGGGAAUGACGUACUCCCAGCUCUUUACCAUUGCAAGGUAUAUGGAGCACAGAGGAUAUCCUCUGCGAUCGUUCAAAUUGGCUUCCCUUGCCAUGACCCAUCUUAACCUGGCGUACAACCAGGACACACACCCAGCUAUUAAUGAUGUGCUCUGGGCCUGCGCACUUAGCCACUCUUUGGGUAAAAAUGAGCUUGCAGCCAUUAUUCCCCUGGUGGUGAAGAGUGUGCAUUGCGCCACUGUGCUGUCUGACAUCCUGAGACGGUGCACCAUGACAGCGCCGGGCCUUGCAGGCAUCCCUGGGAGAAGGAACUCUGGGAAGCUGAUGUCAACAGACAAGGCACCAUUGCGGCAGCUCCUAGAUGCCACAAUCUCGGCUUACAUCAACACCACGCACUCUCGACUGACGCACAUCAGUCCGCGGCACUAUGGAGAGUUUAUAGAGUUCCUGAGCAAAGCUAGGGAGACUUUCCUGCUGGCACAGGAUGGCCACAUUCAGUUUGCCCAGUUCAUAGACAACCUGAAACAGAUCUACAAGGGCAAGAAGAAACUGAUGAUGUUGGUCAGGGAGCGUUUCGGCUGACCUCAUUCCUCCCUCACGGGGAUGCUCUCCCUGGGAAGAAGUUGAACGUGUUUGUUUCUAUUUAAGUUUUUUAGAUUCUUUGUAUUUUUUACUUAUGUUGAGCCAUUUGUUGACUAAGUCAUAAGUUUUUGUCCCUGUUUUGUUGCUUUGUUUCUUGAAUGUGAACCAGGAAGUGUUUGCAGUACAUUGCUCUACUUCAUUGAGACUGCAAAUGGCUUGAAAUGUCAAAGAAAGACCAACAAAAACAAAGCAUUUUACCCACCAACUAAUGUUGAAUCGAUGAUAAAAAAAACGUCAAAGAUUGUGAUGACAAAUAAACUAAAAGAACUUUGUUUUUCAGUGGCACAUGACGAUAUGAAAAACCAAAUGAUUUUGUUGGAUGGGGUACAUGCUUUGAGCCAUAAGACGCUUUCAUCUGCGCUUAAGAAGAAGUGAUUUUAAAAGUGGAAGAGAUAUGUCAUUCCAAGCAAAAAGAGCCACUGAGGUGGAAAACACACAUAGUGUUGCUGUCAUACCUCGACUGUAUUAUUGGUCAGCUUUAACUUCUCUUAUCAGAAAUGGCCUCUUGUUCCAUUCAGGGCAUCUUAGAGUAGAGAGGACAGAAUACAGAACUGCACACGUGUGGUCUCUCUGUAGACGAAGUCAACACCAACAGGUUUAAAGCCACUCUAGACUAGCUCCUAUCCUCUACCCCUGCUGGUCAGCGCUUUUCAUUAUCGAUAUCUCCAGAGGGAGAACCAUGUUGCUUCAGAGGAAGCAUGUUCCCAAAUCCAGCAGCCUUAGAGCGACAUUAUUCAGCCUGUUCUCGCUAAGGUAGAGUAGUAGAGGUUCCACAUGCACAUUUAUUUACAGUAUCUUUCUUAUAUCCUCCUAUAAGAUCAUUGAAAGUGACAAAAAUACAACCUGAUGAACAGUGGGGUCACAGGAAGCCCAUCUCUAGAGAUACCACUGCACUGCUCUUUAUAGCUAUUUGUGGCCAAAACCUUUUAAAUCUGUACAACUCCAUCGAUGACUUCUCACAUGCUAGAUGAAGAUUUAGUCAUAAGCAAUAGUAGUCGAGUCUUCUUACAUUUUUAUCAUCUAGUGGCAUUGAUUUCUUGUAUUCUGUUAAGAAGCCUGUUGACUUCAGUGACUCUUGGGGAUUGACUCUGUCUGUAACUAAAGUCCUUUUUCCAUUUCCAGAACUUCAGUAGGAACUCAGGAGGCCUUUUUUGUUCCACACAACUUGAUAUAGGAACCUAAAAACAUUAGCGCACAGUUCCAACCCACAGCCCGUCAAACAUUCAAAUUUAAGCCAGCAUGAUCUGCAUUUGAAAUAAAUAAUAAAACUAUGACAUAACAAGGUAGACAUUCUACCUGCUAGGUCUAGUCAGAUGAAGAAAAUUACUUUCAUCCAGAGGGGAAAAGCCAUCUAAUGUUUCCAUGAAUUUAUAUAUAUAUAUAUUUAUAUAUUAGAACCAAGUUUAAACCACUGAUAAGGCUCACUUGUUAAUAUUUUUGUGAUAGCAAUCGAACAAAUAAUUGAAAUGUGAUAGAAAACCCAAACUAUGCUCUUUCCCUCCCCUCGACUCUAUUAACCAUCAUGUUAGGAUCAGCAAAGUAAGUGUUCGCUAGAGCAACUGUAGAAAUCAGUUUUGGUGGUUAAGGCACGAUAUACUUGUGCAAAAAAAAAAAAACACAAUUAGUCAAUAUUUGUUCAUGAGUGGGAACUGAAGAAACUGCACUUCCCAUUCCCAGUAUGGCUGAUAUACUAAUAGCAAAAUGACCAUGCUAAGGAAAAACUUUUUGUGGUUUCAAAUCCAUGUUAUUGCCGAACCUCUAAGUUCCUACAGAUUUUAGAUCUUUAUGGAAAAGGGUCUAUAGUUACUAACGCUACUUUGCUGUGUAUGCUACUGGUUGUGCUUAUUCCGGACUGUGAAAAUGAGUGGCCAUGUCAGAAACAGUGCACAUACAAAAAAAUACUGUAUAUUUUAUGUCUUGAUGACGUAAGCGUACAUAUUUGAGACAAGAUGCCUCGGCACAGGAAGUUGUUUGUCUUAUCGGGGGCCGUAUAGGUCCCCUUUCUUUUCUAACCAAGUGGCAUAGUGUUGUUAAUGGCAGUGUAGAGUACAGCAAGCGCUUGAACUGGUCUUCGUACUAGCACUUCACACAAAUACCUCUUCAGUACGUUCCUGCCUGCUUCAGCAUUUAUUUAUUGAUUGUUUUGCAACUUUGUGUGACUGAGUCGGAAUCGCAUACAAAAAAACAGAACUGGACUUAAAAAGGAGUAAAAAAGUCACAACAGACGAGUCGGCCUGUCGACGGCAGGAGGAUAAAAAGAAUAAGGUUUUUGAAUGGAGGAACAUUUUCUUGUCUGCUUUUACAUUCCAUGAGAGCUACCUUCACCCGCUACCCAGGUAGUCAGUCACAGCUCUGGGUCUUUUAUUGUUUUUUAAAUCUGAAGAAAUGCAGAUAGAAGAAUGAGGAAGAUGAAAAAAAGGAAAAUUGAGCAAAGGAAAGAAAAGUAAAGAGAGGCUAAACUCAGUUCUCAGGGACAUCACUUAAAGAAACAAAACAAAAAGUAGUAGCAUUAAGCAUUUAAGAUAUUGUAAAUAUUAAAGUGUCAAUUCAGAAAAUUGUAAAGUUAUAAUUAUUUAUGAUAAGUAUGUUAUGUGUUUGGUCUUUUUCUUUAUUUUUACGUUCCUUUCGGCGAGGGUGUACUUGAAUAGUUUUGGACCGGGUGAAUUUGAUGGCGUUUUUUUGUAAGAGCAAAGACUUCAAGGCAUUUCUCAGGUGCUCCUGUGUACAUUUCUUUCAGUUUGUUUGGUUUUUUUGCUAUAAUAAUUAUUGUUUGUGUUUUUUUAAUUUUUUAGAUUUGCAAAGAAAUAAAAAAAAAAAUCUGUUUUCCAAAAGGAGGCAUGUUAUUGGGGAGUUGAAGAAAAUGAGCAAGGCAUUCAUUUGUAAACAGAUACGUUUUAAACCUGACUAUGCAGAACCACUUCGUUGGUCUUGUCACCUCUUAAAGACGCCCCCCGGAAAACCUGCCCCGGCAAAGAGGACGAGACGGUGUUGGGGGGGAGGGCGGACAAGGACAAGACCCAGCAUGCUUGUAUUUGGACAGUGCGCACUAGCCAGCCUGCACUCACUGCAACAUUUAGAGAGAAAAAAGAAAAAAGGUGGAAAAUGCCUUUCUGACUGAUCAAUGUACAAAGAUUAUUUUUGCUUAUCUUCUUUGUUGGUUUUUAUUUAAUCAGGACUCAAGCCUUUAGUGUCUUCUCAGCUGCAGUGUGGCAGCACCGCAGUGAGACAGAACAUAAAUACACAAGAGUCACAAACAGCAACUGUAUGAACAAUAGCGAUGGCCUGUGAAUGAACAUGUGUUCAUUCCUCAUUACCUGAAUUUGUUUUCUCUUAUUAUUGCUUUCUUGACUCCCUUCAGCAUAAAAACUGAUUUCAUCUUCUCUAACUCUACUUUUGUCACCUUCUAUCUUUGUCUAGUUUUCCUCAGUUCAUCACCCUGUUCACUCUCUCACAGUAAGGGUUUUGGUUCCAUGGCGAUGCGACGACGUGAACAGUUUUCACUGCAGCCACUUCCUCUGUUGUCCGAGAGCUCUUGAGACAUCGGUGCUCUGCAGCAGCCUCGUGUUUUCACAAAUACACUUCACGGGUUUCAUCUUUUGUUGCUGCGAAAUUGAUUGAUUUCUUGGCUACGACAUUGGUAUGACAAGAAUGUUUCCUUAAAUCAUACGUGAAAGGAUUUUAUUAUUUUUUUAGCUGUUGCUUUACCUGGAAGUGCAUAAACCUACAGCAUUAGAACUGAUUCCUCUCUGUGUUCACUGUAUCAGCCUCUUUCUUUCUCUCCUUCUUUCUCUCUUUUUCUCUUUCUUUCUGUCUUGCUCUCAUUCUUGUGGGGAGUACUAUCUGCUCGUAGAGAUCUAGUUCACCGUCUGUUUGGUUUUGUUUUUUGGAUUUUUGUAACUUAAGGGAAAAUGGAAAGUGUUUGUUGCCUCUUUGUGCUACUGAUUAUGAAAAAGGUAUUUCCAGUAUUUGUUGCCACAGAAGUAUGAUAGCUUAUCAUCGACACCGUUUUUUGAUUUAUUUUUGAAUUUGUAAUUUCUUUGUGCGACUUCUUGAGCUACUGUCUAUAAAGCGAGAAUUUAUUACUAUUUAUGUAACGCUACUACCAUUUUAUAUUGAUUUGUGUUGGAAUCUCAGUGCUUUUCUAUGAAUAAAGUGUGAAACACA